AUGAAUCAAACAGUAGUAUAUCAAAAUGCACAACAAUCUACAGGGGAAUCAACAGUACUUUUUGAUGUUCAAUCUCGUUAUAAUUCCAAUACUUCAACUCCAUUUCCACCAAAUUCUGCUAGACCUGAAGCGCCACCACCACCUUAUGAAGCUGCAAUUACUAAUUCUCUAUCCCAAUGUCCAUCAGAACCGCCACCACCACCAUAUGAAAUAGCAACGAUUGAACAGACGAUAAUAUAA